AGGACACUCACACAUCGCUGCUCUGACUGACGGCUCUUAUGCUUAGCACUUCUGGGGCCUGCCACUUCCUCAUCUCCAUGUCCUGCCCCUGUGUAACGGGCUGUGUUCUCCUGCGGUAGGCUGGGCCCAAUCCCCACAGCUUUGCUGUCAGAUCUCCACCAACCAGAACGCUGCGUGCUCCCACGUUGCCAUGGAUGCAGUUCUGACUGUGUACCCCAGCAGAUCCCUGUGCUGCAGCUCCUCGACGACCAUCAUGAGGGGCGGCUGCACUGAAACCACACCCAGCAGCUCGGGUAGGGAGGGGUGCGGCCCCAGUCCUGACACGAAGGAAGCAAAACCUAAAAAGUGCUGUUUCUCACUGCUGUUUGCUGUCUCUGAGGAAGAGGAGCUCUAUGGGGAGUACCAAGAAAACCAAGGAGGCUCCGGCAGGCGGGAGGCCACACGCCUGCUGACAGAGAGACAGAUCAAGAAACAUGGCAACCAUCCCCGCGGCCAUGGCAGGACACGACAUGGCCGGCGUGGCCAUGGUCAAAAUGGAUGCCACAGUCGACACCAGCACGGCUAUCACAGCAGACCAAGGAACAGGCAUCAGCCUAACAUGGAGGCAGAGGCUGAUGAGCUAGAUGAGCAAACAGCUGACCUCACAUCCUCUAUGAAGAAGAAACGCUCCUACUCCAAAUGUAGAGACUGUAUAGCACGAGUGCAGCGAUUCCUUGUGACCAGGUUGGGAGAAGACUGGAUCUUCCUUGUUCUGCUGGGCAUCACGAUGGCGCUGGUCAGCUGGACAAUGGACUAUGCCAGUGCAAAGAGUCUCCAAGCCUAUAAAUGGAUUUAUGGGGAGCUGAGGGGAAAUAUCCCCCUGCAGUACCUGGCCUGGGUUUCAUAUCCCCUGAUCUUCAUCCUCUUCUCCUCCCUCUUCUGUCACCUGGUCGCUCCUCAAGCUAUCGGUUCUGGCAUCCCAGAGCUGAAGACCAUCCUGAGAGGUGUGGUGCUUAAGGAGUAUUUAACUCUCAAGGCCUUUGUUGCUAAGGUCAUUGGACUGACGGCUGCCCUGGGCAGCGGCAUGCCUGUAGGCAAAGAGGGCCCGUUUGUUCACAUCGCCAGCAUCUGUGCUGCAGUUCUCAGCAGGUUCAUGUCCUGUUUCUCUGGAGCUUAUCAGAAUCCAUACUGUUAUACAGACAUCCUGACAGUAGGCUGUGCUGUCGGGGUGGGCUGCUGCUUUGGUACUCCACUUGGAGGUGUGCUCUUCAGUAUAGAGGUAACAUCCACAUACUUUGCUGUGAGAAACUACUGGAGAGGAUACUUUGCCGCUACAUUUAGUGCGUUCAUAUUCAGAGUGUUAUCAGUGUUCAACAAAGAUGCAGUAACCAUCACUGCUCUGUUCAGGACAAACUUCCGCAUGGAUUUCCCUUUUGACCUUCAGGAGCUGCCGGCAUUCGCCAUCAUUGGGAUCUCCUGUGGGUUCCUGGGGGCGUUCUUCGUCUAUCUCAACAGACAGGUGGUGCUGUUCAUGAGGCGACCCAACGCCAUGACCCGCUUCCUCACCAAACACCGGCUGAUCUUUCCAGCUGUGGUAACGCUGGUCAUCGCCACCUUGACCUUCCCUCCCGGGUUUGGACAGUUCAUGGCAGGAGAGCUGAUGCCAAGGGAGUGUAUCAACUCCUUGUUUGACAACUUUACAUGGACAAAGAUUUCGGGAUCACCUCCUCCGGCUGGUCUGGGCCUCUCGGCCGCCUGGCUGCACCCUGAUGUCAGUGUCUUCCUCGUCCUGCUGCUCUUCUUAAUUAUGAAGUUCUGGAUGUCUGCUGUGGCCACCACCAUGCCCAUUCCAUCUGGGGCUUUCAUGCCUGUCUUCAUACUAGGAGCUGCAUUCGGCAGGCUGGUAGGGGAGAUCAUGGCCACCCUGUUUCCUCACGGGAUCGUGUUUGAUGGCAUCCUUUACCGCAUUAUCCCUGGAGGGUACGCAGUCAUUGCACUGGUCAAGAUGUCCUCUUCUUCCUCUCCUGUCACUUCUCUCAUCUUCUUCCUCUUCCAACUUCUCUUCCUCUCCUGUCAACCUCCCUGGCCCUCUAGUUGUCACUCGUUGUCAAAACCUCCAUUCCCCGAGGCUGUGACUCACACGGUGUCCACAGCGGUUAUCUGCUUUGAGCUGACAGGCCAGAUCUCCCACAUCCUGCCUAUGAUGGUGGCAGUAAUCCUGGCCAACAUGGUGGCCCAGGGCCUGCAGCCGUCCCUGUACGACUCCAUCAUCCAGGUCAAGAAGCUGCCGUACCUGCCGGAGCUCGGCUUUGGACACAUGAGUCAGUACAACAUCUUUGUGGAAGACAUCAUGGUGAGAAAGGUGAAGUUUAUAUCGUCUCAGUCCACAUACAGAGAAGUUCAACUCCUGUUGGAAUCCUCCUCGCUCAGUUCAAUCCCACUGGUCGACUCAAAAGAUUCCAUGAUCCUUUUGGGCAGCAUUGACAGACUGGAGCUUCUGGCUCUCUGUGAUUGGUGGUUGUCACCAGAGAGAAGGCUCCUGAUGCAGGACAAGGGUCAGGGGCUACAGGAGCAGAACCAGUCUCAGAAACACAGCUGGGAGUCCUUUGCCUUCGUGGAUGAGGACGGAGAGGACGACGGAGAGAAGGGCAGCUCGGUGCUGGAGGAGAGAAACGGCCCGCUGCCUCCUUCAAAGCCUCAGGAGCCCUCCUCCAACCACACCGCUCCUGUUCCUGAAAAAGGUCCUCUGCAGUCUGUGAGGAAAACCCUCAGGAAUCUCUUCACCUCAAAAAACAGGCAGACAGAAGGACAGUUGCAGGAGCCCUGUCCGCCUCCCCUGUCGGACACGAUGACAACAGAGGAGAUCAAAGCGUGGGAGGAGGCGGAGAUGGACAAGCCGAUGGAAAUCGAUGAAAUACGAGUAGACCCUUCCCCUUUCCAGCUGGUUGAGAGAACAUCAUUACACAAGACCCACACCUUAUUCUCACUGCUGGGGCUAAGUCACGCUUAUGUGACCAGCAUUGGCAAACUGGUGGGAGUGGUGGCACUGAAAGAGCUCCAGAAAGCCAUUGAGGGCUCCACACGCUCUGGUGUCCGGCUCCGUCCUCCACUCGCCAGCUUUCGGGACAUCAGCAACCACAACUCUGUUCCGAAACCUCCACCUUCUUCUCCCACUGCUGUUUCCCCUCCGACCUCCUCUCCCUCAGCACCAACUGCUUCCCAGCCUCCCUCCCCCUCUCCCCCUCAACCCCACCAUCAUCACCACAAGAAUGAAACGGAGGUAUGGAUUGAGCGCGUUGCGACAGAGGUGGAGGAGAGCGGCAGCUGCAGUGCAGGUAGUGGUGGUGUUAGCAGCAGCGCUGGGUCCUGCAGCUACAACAGCAGCCUCACCCUCCCUCUGCCCGCCACUCCUCCCCAAGUCCCUUCUUCCUUCACUCCUUCCUCCGCCAACCUGAGACCCUUACAGAGACUCCUUGAGGGGGAGGAAGACAGUGAUGAUGAGCCAAUGGUUUAGAUUAGACAAGAGUGAUGGUUAUGUUUUUUAUAAUGGAAAACCUUUUUUUAAUGGUGUACGUUUUUUCUUCUGUUCUUAAUGUGUUUAUCUGGUCUUUGGACACCCAUUUACCUCUUUUUGUCAACACAUAGGUAGAGCAAAGAUGUCAAUGCUAUGCCAAGUUAGUCAUCAUUUCUUUUUUUUUUUUAAUACAGUUUAUCCCACCCUCACUCACCCUGUCCGCUCAUUUCACAGACCUUUUACUUACCCAACAUCUCUGUCUUUUCUUAAUAAGCUCUGUAUGCAUGCUUUUUGAUACUAGUCCUGCCUCACUUCCUCCUCAUUUUCUCUUGUUGAUUUUCACACAUUCUCUAGGGUAUAUAUUUAUACAUAUAUAUAUCUAGAUGUAGAUCUAGCUAUAUAUAUAUAUAUAUACUGUAUAUAUAUAAAGUUGCUGCCAAUAUCCGCUGUUUUAAAUGUUUAUGCCAAAGACUUGACUGUUUCCUUCAGGAUUGUUCUCUGCAUUAAGACAAUUAUGGCAACCAAAACUCACCAUUUAAUCCCUAAAAAAUAAAUGAUGUCAUUGUUAGUGGCCCUUUAUGGCAAGAAUAUACAUAUUACACUUUUUAAAUCAUGAAGAAUAAACUUAAACAUAAAGUACUGCUAUUAUUUGCACUGUCCACUUUGAAUUUUGAUGGAAGUGAACCCAGUGAACCUAUGCACAAUAGUUACCUGCCUUACCUGAUUGUGUAUGUCUUAAAAAAAGCAGGUUUUUUAUCGGAUGAGAGCAGGAGCUAUUGGAUUUUCAAAAUGGCAACAGACCAUCUGGGUAGCAGAAGACUAAUGAAGCUGCUCAGUCCGCUGUGGAAGAUUGUCCAAAGCCCCACAACGACCUCUAAAUUGUGUGCUGACCUUGUGAAUGCAGCCCUGAGAGCUCAUCUCAUCACGGUUAAGUUGAUAGAUGGUGCAGCUAAAGGCAACUGACGACAGUCAAACCCGGCUGUGUAGGUCCUGGAGAUCUCUUCCCGUUCCCCCUAACAAUGCCUUCCAGAGUUUUACAAAUCACACAUGGCUACUUAAAA